AUACACCAUAAGAGGCUGACCAUACAACAAUAUAAUACUGAAACAAUAAAUAAACCUGAUGCAGGACUCAGAAUGAGACAUCUGCAGUGUGAUACCCAAGUACAGACUGCACGUAUGAACACACAGACUGUCCAGACUGAUGCUGGAUUUUCCACUCUUUUUAAUAAUAUUUCUGGAGAAUAGAGGGGCGAUCCAGAGCACCUCAGAGUUUGGAUAAAAAAAACCUGGUGUAUAGAGGUUCUUCUGUAUAUGUAAACCUUUUUAGUGAUACUGUACUAUCAAGCAAAAGGUGAGUAUUUUUUAAUGGAUCCAGGAAUACAUUCUCCUAUAUUCCACAAAGUUAAGUUUUAUUUUCACAGAUUUAAUUAAGACAGGUUUCUCAAGAUCAUAAAUACUUGUUAAAUUAUAGGCUUAUUAUAUUACUCAGAUUUCGAAUUUAAUAAAUAUAUUUUAUAAUGUGAGUUUAGUCACUUCAAUUAAAUCAUACUCAAGCUUAUAAUAUAUAACAUAGCCACUGAAGUUGUGAUAAUUGAUCUGUUGCUGAUAUUCAAUACAGGAGGGAGUAGACUUUCUAAUAGAAUGUUGAGGUUUAGGCAUGUAGUCCAUGUGUAUUGUACAUAGGGCCUCAUCAGCUUGUGUUUAAAUAUAUAUGAUCUUAGGGGUAGUUUCAUUCACUAAUAUUGGCAGUGAAACAUUAAGAAGAAAAACUGAGAAGAACAUAGUAUAACUUGAUGUCUCUAACUCAGCAGUAUAUUUUUUAUUCAGUUAUUUGUUUUUAUUCUUAAAAGUAAGUACCAGCACGUCCAAAAUUUUAAUACACUUCUCUUGAACCAGUGCAUCUGUUUGUGAGUUAGUGGAAUUGAUAUAUAAAACAAUGGAUGAAGCAUGUACCAGUUCACCCCAAUAUGCUGGAAGACUAUUCUAUACUGUUCGCAACAUCCUGACGCUCUACUGCCACGUAGUACCCACGUCCCAUGCCCACGAACUUGCUACGUUGCCACAACAAGCAGCGGUAGUGCACAAUAACAGUAUGUACCUUGCUCAUCAUGCACUCCUGUUGGGACUCCAAUACAAAAAUCGACUACCACAGGCACUCAGAGAUAACACACUUACCACUGUUGAUUUGGCCCAACAACUUCGAAAGAUGGCAACUGCCACAUUUUUAAAAGCUAUGCAGGGACACCGUACAACCCUUAUUGACUCCCUCAGAGACUCUGCUGGCUUAGACACUAUUGGAUGUGACACUAGUGGAGUAAAUAAAGCACAGCAGGGUAUGCGACAGGUCCUUCACCAGCUUCAAUUAUUACGUAGGGUGUGGCAGGAUGUACUCCCCCAUACUGUAUACACAAAAGCCAUGGGCACAUUGGUGGGGUCAGUAGUGGAGGAGGUGGUGACACGCGUUGUGAGCUUGGAGGACAUUUCAGCAGAUGCAGCUCUGGCGCUCAUUAAUCUUCUUAAUCUCUUCAAGGAUAAUGUACCAGCACUCUUCCAGGUGAGAGCCAUGUUGUGUGUGGUGUAGGUUAUAUGGUCCUCGGUCCCUAAUUGGUUUUGACAGUAUAACCCAAUCAUUAGGACAAGGGACCAUUAGGAUUGGGUCUAUAAGGAUCAAAGCCCAUUGGGACUAAACCCAUCAUAACUGAAUCUCAGUCUCAGUGGUUACCCUAGUGCUGGACCCCAGUUAUAAAUAUUGGGUUAGGUUUGGGCCCAUUAGGACUGAGACUCAUUGAUAAGUCACUCAUUUGAAUCUGUAAAGAAUGAUGUUUAUAAGAUCAAAAGGAAAAAAUGAUUUAUGUAGUUGUUCAUUUCAUUAGCUUUUAAAAGAUAAUACAGUAUGAGUCUUUCAUUUUGGUUUCUGGAGAAUUGAGGUUUCUUUGCCCUUUCAAAGUUGAAGAAACAUCAUUUGGUCUCAUUCUUAUUACACUGUGUGAUGGGUAACCUAACACAAGUUCUGAAACUCAGCAGUGUCGCCUGGACCUGUUUUCAUUGUUUAAUUUUUUUACUUCCCUCCUAUUUAUUUACCCCUUUCCUGCUUGUUUGCUUUUAAUUUUAACAUGUUGAGGCAGUUAUUACUCUUUUUACUUAAGAUCUGACACAGAGCUAAUCCUUUAUGACAGACUCUUCUGCAUAUGAUUCAGUCAUUUUUGUUAGGUCUUUGACUGUUCACAUAUUUUGCUAGUAACUAGAACUUUUAAAGAAUAUUUCAAUUCUGUGAGUUUGGAAGAAAAGAUAUGAGACAUUAGCAUGACUCACAAACCAUGACUGGUUUAUUACUUAAGAUAUUUACAGGGAAUUAAGAACUUUUAAAGGAAAGAUUACACUGCUUAGGUCAGUGUGCGAAAUUUUAAAAAAGAGGAAAAGUAGUGGAUAACCCUUAUAAUAUUGAAGAUAAAAUAAUCAUUAGGGCUUAG